UGUUGGCCGCGUCUGUCACUUUGUGGGACUGGUGACAUGAAUGGAUGGGCUGGACACACCUUCAGUCCUUUCAGAAAAAAAACAAACCAGAAAAAACCGUCCAGAUCUGCAUAGAGAGGGGGAAAGACUCCCCCCGACGCUCCCAGAGCCUAAGCCGUCGGCCAGAGAAACUCACAGCUUCCCCCUCCCACACUCACUCCUCCCAUCCCUUAAAAAAACGCCCAACGCAAAUAAAUAAUAUCGUUCCAAGCCCGCCGCCGUCCCGGGCGGCCUCUUCUCCCCGCCCGGCUCGGCACGCUCCCGCCCUGCGACAGGCGGCGACGAGAAGCUGCGGCUCCUUGUGCGGUGCGGCGCGCGCGGGCGAGAGGCGGGCGCGCAGCAGGCCAGCCGUCGCCGCACUAUGCUCCCCAGCGCGGUGGCAGCCCACGCCGGUGCGUACUGGGACGUGGUGGCUUCCUCCGCGCUCCUCAACCUCCCCGCUGCGCCCGGCUUUGGCAACCUGGGCAAGAGUUUCCUGAUUGAGAACUUGCUGCGGGUCGGGGGUGCCCCGACGCCCGGGCUGCAGCCGCCCUCGCCCCACGGCCCGGCGACCGCCCUGGCCACCGCCGGCGCGCAACUGCGGCCCCUGCCCGCCAGCCCGGUUCCCUUAAAGCUGUGCCCCGCAGCCGAACAAGUUAGCCCCGCCGGGGCGCCCUACGGUACGCGGUGGGCUUUUCAAGUGCUCAGUCCCUCUAUGGACAGUGCCAGGCUGCCGGGCCGGGCUCCGGGGGACCGAGACUGUACCUUCCAGCCUUCAGCGCCAGCACCUUCCAAACCUUUUCUUCUGAGCGCCCCACCAUUCUACUCGGCGUGCUGUGGUGGGUCCUGUCGGCGCACUGCAUCCUCCACUGCUUUUGCAAGAGAAGAGAGCGUGCUGCCUCUCCUGACACAGGACUCUAAUUCCAAGGCUCGGAGGGGCAUUUUAAGAAGAGCUGUCUUUUCUGAGGACCAGAGAAAGGCUCUGGAGAAAAUGUUUCAGAAACAGAAAUAUAUCAGCAAAACAGACCGAAAGAAACUUGCCAUGAACUUGGGACUAAAGGAAUCACAGGUGAAAAUUUGGUUUCAGAACAGAAGGAUGAAAUGGCGGAAUUCCAAAGAAAAGGAAGUGCUUUCCAACAGGUGUAUCCAAGAAGUAGGUCUUCAAGAGGAUCCCCUCUCACGGUCUGCUCUGGGUUUCCCUUCUCCGUGUCCUUCAAUAUGGGAUGUCCCCCAACAGCGCUCAAGUCCAAGAUGGAGGAAGAAUUCUCCAGAACCCUCAGAAAGACUAAUCCAGGAGAGUUCAGGGGCACCACCCCCAGAAGCAAAUUCACUGCAAGGUGCCUUGUAUUUAUGUUCUGAAGAAGAAGCUGGAAGCAAGGGUGUACUUACUGGGGCCGUCUGAAUGGAAGCAUUCCUCCGUGUUAAUUUAAAAGAACGCUUAAUAGUAACAUUUGGGCUCUAAUGCCAGCUCGCCUGUACCUCAUCAGUGCUUAUAGCCUAACAACUUUGGAGCGAUAUAUAAACUAAUGCUUUAGGAAACCCACUCCGGUGUUCUCUUGUUUGGCCCUAGGCUCAGGCUUAAUUUGUAAGUGGAGUAGAAUCUCCCAGGAAGUAUGAUGGAACUGAAAAGAAUGACAGCAACAGCUGGCUCUGUCUCUGCUCUUAGUAUGUGUAUAUGUGUGUGUGUCUCUAUGUGUGUAUAUACAUAAAUAUCCAUUAAAAUGUGUUAGUAGAAA